AUGGAUGAUAAGCUGUUUGGUUGUUCUAUGGCAAUGGCUAAGCUGGAGCUACGGCCUCUGGGAAACACAGGUCUCAAAGUUAGUUCAGUUGGUUUUGGCGCCUCUCCGCUCGGAAGUGUCGCUGAAGAUGAUGCCAUCGCCACCGUGCGCCAGGCUUUUCGACUCGGCAUUAACUUCUUCGACACUUCGCCGUAUUAUGGAGGAACAGUUUCGGAGAAAAUGCUUGGUAAGGCACUCAAGGCUCUACAUGUCCCUAGAAGUGACUACAUUGUGGCGACCAAGUGUGGACGUUAUAAAGAAGAAGGUUUUAAUUUCAGUGCUGAGAGAGUAAGAAAGAGCGUCGACCAGAGCUUGGAGAGGCUUCAGCUAGAUUACCUUGACAUACUUCAUUGCCAUGACAUUGAGUUCGGUUCUCUUGAUCAGAUUGUGAGUGAAACCAUUCCUGCUCUCCAGAAACUGAAACAGGAAGGGAAGACACGGUUCAUCGGUAUCACUGGUCUUCCGUUGAGUAUUUUCACUUAUGUUCUUGACCGAGUGCCUCCAGGGACGAUCGAUGUGAUAUUAUCAUACUGCCAUUACGGUAUAAACGAUUCGACUUUACUGGAUUUGCUACCUUACUUGAAGAGGAAAGGUGUGGGUGUGAUAAGUGCUGCUCCAUUGUCAAUGGGUCUUCUUACAGAACAAGGUCCUUCUGAAAGGCACCCUGCUCCCCACGAGCUAAAGUCAGCUUGCAAAGCCGCUGUAGCUCAUUGUAAAACAAAGGGUAAGAAGGUCACAAAGUUAGCACUGCAAUACAGCUUAGGAAACAAGGAGGUUUCAUCAGUGUUGGUUGGAAUGAGCUCUGUCUCACAGGUAGAAGAAAAUGUUGAAGCAGUUACAGAGCUUGAAGGUUUGGGGAUUGAUGAAGAAACUCUGUGUGAGGUUGAAGCUAUUCUCGAGCCUGUAAAGAAUCUGACAUGGCCAAGCGGAAUCGAACAGAAAACAUGAUGAGAUUAUGAGGAAGAAAUUACAUAUGUUCA